AUACUUGGCUGAAUGUCACGUCACUUUCACUUUAAAUAGUGAGAAAACACCUUAACGGGCAUAUUUAUUACAGCUACCAGUCAUCUGUUUAUAUUAGUUCAUAGUUUAUAGCAGAUCUUACAAUAACAAAAAGGUGGUUACUCUUUAGUAUAGGGAACGAUUUUCAAUAUUAACUAGUUGCUUAUUAACAUGCCUAUUAUUAACAUAUUGACUUUUUAUUAGCACUUAUACUUCCUUACCAACUAUUAAUAAACAGCAAAUUAGGAGUUUUUUGAAGCAAAUGUCAUAGUAAAUGGUUUUUUAAUAGUGAGAAUUGAACCUUAAAGUAAAGUGGGACCAAAAAGGUUUAGAAGAAACAAUGCAUGUACUAGAUUAGUAAUACGUUUUAUAUUUGUUCUUGUUUGUGUGUUUGUUUGUUUUGAGUGUGUGUGACCUUUUUCCCAAAGCCAAAGUUUAUUUUAAUCCUUACCACAGGUACAGAUGCUAAAUAUGGUUGAAACUGCACAGGGAAUGUUGCUGUACUGCUUUAUAUCACACACGCGCGCACACACUGAGAGAGCAAGCUGAUUAGAUGGGAAUGUUUGGAGCUGUUAGGGAGCUAAAUGUUGUCAGGACUGUGAGUGAGCGGGUAAAUGAUGAGAAGUGUGACAUAAACCAGCAGGUUGAUCUCAGCUGAGAAAACUAAAGGGAAGUUAAUAACCCUGCUGACAGAUGCUAGAAAAGUCUCAUUUCUCUCCUUCCCUCGGUUAGUCCAUCUGUUGAACAUGCACUGAAAACCAAGAUGGAUCUUUGUAGACUAAAGGAGAUCUUUUAUAGGAUCCAGAACUCUGUCCACCAGCUUCUGCUCUGGGUUCUGGUGUGCUUCACUGAUCUCACAGCUGGACUGCUGGCUCAUUUCUUGUUCAGGCGCCAUUUUCACUUCCUCCUCUCUGUGCUGGUGAUGUUUGGACCUGUUCUGAGUCUCUGGGUCUCCAAGUACAGCAUAUUUGGCAACAAGAAUCACUACCUGUACAGGCUCUUCCUGCAUUCCUGCUGGGGCUGGACCUGUAUCUUAUGUGGCUCUUUCAUCUUUCUUCUCUCAUACUGCAUCAGUAACUCGUUCAUUCACUCCGUCCGUCACCUCUCUCGACUCGCUGCGGCCGGGACGCUCUGGACACUGUGCCGCCGUCUCCUCUCCUUCCUAGUGGACGCCUCUGGAAGUUGUUUUGAGCCACUUCAAAGCCCCACAGACGUCCACAGGAACCCCAGGGAGCUCCUGGACUCCGAUACAGGCCCCUUAUUACUACUGAGAGAGAAACAGGGUAAAGCAGCCUGCCUUAAGGCCGGCCUACAGUGGCAGGGAUGUGAGGUGUCUGAUGACAUCCUCAUUCUGAGUUUAUGUUGCUUGAUUCUUGCUGAAGAAACAGGGGUUUUUAGGCCCUGCGUGGCUCUAGGAAAGCCUGUAGGGACGCCACUGAGGAUACUCUUCUUGUUGUGUGUGUUGUUGAUGAGUCUCUGGAUCUUCCUGAUCGUCUGCUUGCUAGCACACUUCCCGCUGUUCCCUUCCCAGCUGGUUGGAGGGGCUCUUGGGUAUCUGGGAUGGAAGGGUCUUUAUUAUAAGGGCUGGUGUGUUUUAAAGCCUGGCUGGUGCUGUGUUGGAAGAACAAAAGCUUUGAUUUCAGAUAGCACACGUAAUACUGCAUCCAAUGGGACAUGAAUGUUAAAGAAACGAGAAAUAGAAUAUGUAAAGAAUAUGUAAAGAGGUGUCAGAGACAAAAAAUAUACAUACCUUUUAAUUAGAUACACAAUUUCAGGUUCGACCGAAAUGUCUUUUUUUUUUUUUAAGUCUCUUCUGCUCACUAAGGCUAUGGUUAUUUUAUUAAUAUACUCUAUAACAGUUAUGUUGUUAAAUAUUAUUGCAAUUUAAAAUAACUUUUUCCUAUUUUAAUAUAUUUUAAAGUAUAAUUUAUUCCCGGUGGUAAAGCUGAAUUUUCAGCAGUCAUUACUCAAUUACUACAAGUUUUUGUAACAUUAUAAAUUUCUUUCCUGCCUCCAUUGAUCAGUGAUGUGCAUCUUUGCCACAUAAAUGUAUUCAUGUAAAACAAAGUACAGCUUCUAAACUUUUAAAUUGCAAAGUAAAUUAACAUUAUAUUUAACGUAAAAUAAACCCUACAAACUUUUGUUAAAAAGGACUAUAAAUUACAUUAACAUGAAUUUCUUUUUCAGUAUUAUUUGUUGAACUGAAAGUUUAUAAGAAAAAACAGCAUUUACUUAAAACAGAAAUCUUUAUAAAUGUCUUACUUUUGAUGAUUUUUUGUGCAUCCUUGCUGAAUAAAAGUAUUAAUUUCUGAUC